AUGUAUCUCCAUCUCCUCCCUCUCGCUUUAACCGUCCUCCCCUCCUGGUCCCUUCCAACAAAGGACAAAGCAUCUGCUGUCCCCGGUGAAUCCAGCCUCUUCACCACCUACCAGGGAAAACAGAUGCCCCUGGCCAGCAACUACACGAGGGCCAUCCUGCCAACCAGCCCUGGCCCACUGCAGGGAGACGAUCUCCUCUUUCAAAAUCUCCUCGCCGCAGAAUGGGCCAUCUACUCCUUCUACCAACAAGGUGUGGAAGCCUUCACGUCAGACAGCUUUACCAAGCUCGGUCUCCUGAAUACCACCUACGAACGCCUCGUGGAAAUCCGCGACAACGAAGCAGGCCAUAUUCGCAUCUUCCAGAACGAGAUUUCCAACGCAUCAGCGAAACCGGGCCCGUGCACCUACAACUAUGGCUUCGCCGGGAGUGCCCAGGUGUACCUAGCCCUUCAAGUGUACCUUGAAGUCUCCAGCAUGGCAUUUCUUACGGGCCUUGUGCGACAGGCCGAGGCCGACGACUCCAAAUCCGCCCUCAUGGCGAUCGGUCAGAUCGAAAGUCGUCACAAUGCCUGGUCAUUGAUCGAUAUCUACGAUGUCACCCCCUUCUCCGGCCCCUCGGAUACGAUAUACCCCUACCCGAACCACAUUCUGGAAUUGACCAACAACUUCGUGGUCAAUGGGUCGUGUCCGAGUGUCAACCCGGUGUAUCCGAACCCACGUCCGCAACUGCCCACGACCAACUAUGUGAAAAACGGGACGACGGCGACGCCCGGAGCCAAGCUUCAGCUUGUUUUUGAGUUCAGCUUGACCCCCGCGACUCAUAUUCCUUGGUUUGAGGAGAAGGACUAUUGGGCGGUGUUCUAUCAUGGAGUGAAUAAGGUCAGUGUACCGUUUAACCCGAAGACCAACACAACGGUGAUCCCCGCGAACUUUGAUGUGCGGGCUGGCCUUAUCAUCUUAGUGAUUGCGGACGAGUACGAUGCACCCACCGAGGAGAGUGUCGUGAGCUUGCCAUUGAUCUUGAUCGAGCAGCCAUCCGAGUUGACUUUGGAUUUUGGCGAAGUAUAG